AUGAAUACUGGCAGAGUAUUUUUAGGAAAGAAAGAGUAUGAUAAUUCAUUAGAUUAUUUUGCAAAAGCCCUUGAAAUGUAUAAAGGUGUGCUGCCCGAACAACAUCAUUCAAUUGCUCGAUGCUUAUGUAAUAUUGGUUGCGUAUACGAAGAUCAACUUAAUUUCAAUCGUGCACUUGAGUUCUACCGCCAGACAUACGAAAUGAAUGAAAAAGAAGCUAUGGAUGUUUGUAUCAAGAAGUUAGCUGAACAGCGAGUGAAUCUACCACAAAAUCAUCCUCGAAUCGGACAUACACGAGAAACCAUUGGUAAUAUAUACAGUGAAACGGAUAAUGCUCAAGCACUUGUAUUCUAUCAUGAAGCACUAACGAUAUUUGAGCGUUGCAUGCCAUCUGAACCAAAAGCUACAGCCGACUGUUUAGAACAUAAUAGUACUGUAUACUCCAAUCUAGGUACAUUUGAUGAGGCAUUAAAAUAUCGAAAUAAAGCAUUGGAUAUAUUAGGUUGGUAA